AGUCCCCGUCUCUGGGAGCGAGCGGCGAGCACUGGACGGGAGAAAACGGGGGGCCAGAGGUGGGGCAGGUCCGGCCUCUCCGCGGGGUGUGGACGGGAAGAAGAGGAGGUGGGAUUGCCGGUUGGUUCUGUCACCCCGGAGCCGAGUUCUGCACCCAUCUCUCCAAUUGCGUUUUAAAAUAUGCAGUAAAAAAAAAUCGAGCAACGCCACAUCCUACAAACUGGAGGGGAGGGGGAGAGCAUUGUGUCCCCAAACGGAUCAUAAACAAGGGAAAGGAGGGGUUCGGAACUUUAUUAUUAAAUACUUCACGCCAGAAAAACCAGGUCUCAGGCCUCGGUACUGAAGGGAUAGGCUGAAGCCCCGGACGCGGCUCAGUGGUCGCGGGCGGCGGGUCCGGGCUUCCGGUCUCCCGGGCGCCAGAGGGUCAUGGCGGGAAGGGGGAGGGCGCGCGCUCCAAGCUUUCCCUCCCCCACCCACACCCAGGGUCUUCUUCCUUCGGGAUUCGGAGCCGCCUAUCCUCCAGGGCCGACUAGCCGCAGGGCUGCAGGGGUCCAGGACGCCGCGACAUAGCUUAGCGACAGCGCUCUCCCCGGCGACGGCGCCGCAACAAGAUGGCGGACGACAGAGACAGGGAAGGCGCAGAGAUAGCAGUAGCAGAAUUUCACAAAAAAAUCAAAGAAGCUUUUGAAGUAUUUGACCAUGAGUCAAAUAAUACAGUGGAUGUGAGAGAGAUCGGAACAAUUAUCAGGUCAUUAGGAUGCUGCCCUAGUGAAGGAGAGCUACAUGAUCUGAUUGCAGAGGUGGAGGAAGAAGAACCCACUGGAUACAUUCGAUUUGAAAAAUUUCUCCCAGUGAUGACUGAAGUACUACUGGAAAGAAGAUAUAGACCAAUUCCAGAAGAUACCCUUCAUCGAGCUUUUGAGGUGUUAGAUCCAGCUAAACGUGGAUUUCUUUCUAAGGAAGAAUUGAUCAAGUAUAUGACUGAAGAAGGUGAGCCUUUUUCUCAGGAGGAAAUGGAAGAAAUGUUGUCUGCUGCAAUUGAUCCAGAAUCGAAUUCAAUUCAUUACAAGGACUAUAUAACAAUGAUGGUGAUAGAUGAAAAUUAAACACUCUACAGACUUCAUUUCUAAUUGAAAGAUCAUUUUAAGAAUUGCUUGUCCUUGUUAAUUUCACAUUUUAUUUUAUAAUUCCUACAUAGUGCUAAUUAAUGCCUUGUGACAACUAUUUCAAGAUAUUUUGUUUUUUAAAGGUGAUCAUAACAGUGUAAAACACAAAUUUAUUUAGUAUGUCUAGCCCUAUGGAAUGACAAACUGCUAAUUAUUUUAAAACUAUUCUUAAAAUAUUUAACAUUAUCCAUGGAUUGUUACUAAUUUUCUACAAUAAAACCCAGGUUACUUUCAAAUUAAUUAAGCUGACAAAAUGAAGAAUGAUUAGAAUGACCCAAAGUUUUGCAUGUAAAGAUCUUGGGUUGGGGCAGAAUGACCAUAAGUUGAAAAUGAGUAGUAAUGUGAUGACAGCUUCUUUUUAAAACAGCGAACACUUCAGCAAUCAGAAUGUGGAAGGAAAGUCAUCGAAGCGGAUAUUAAUAAU